GGUUUCCUCUGGACAUUGUCGUCAUGGCGGUAUCAUCACUAUCGCGGGCUCUGCGCUCGCUGUCCUUCUCCCGGCCGGCUCUAUUACCUACCCAGGUAGGCUCUAGUCAAACGGAUAUCGGUUAUAGAUAUGUACUGUUUGCGCUAUAUAUGAUAUGUGUUGACCAGCUGACUCCUAUGAAUGUUUAGACAGUAGGACAGCGCAUAGUCAGGCAGGACUCAGGCCAGAUAUAUAUAUAUAUAUAUAUAUAUAUAUAUAUAUAUUACAUACAUACAUACAUACAUACAUACAUACAGCUGCGGAAAGAAUUAAGAGACCACUGCAAAAUUAUCAGUUUCUCUGGUUUGACUAUUUAUAGGUAUGUGUUUGGGUAAAAAAAAACAUUUUUAUUUUAUAAACUACUGACAACAUUUCUCCCAAAUUCCAAAUAAAAAUAUUGUCAUUUAGAGCAUUUAUUUGCAGAAAAUGACAACUGGUCAAAAUAACAAAAAAUAUGCAGUGUUGUCAGACCUCGAAUAAUGCAAAGAAAAUAAGUUAAUGUUCAUUUUUAAACAACACAAUAGCAAUGUUUUAACUUAGGAAGACUUCAGAAAUCAAUAUUUGUUGGAAUAACCCUGAUUUUCAAUCACAGCUUUCAUGCGUCUUGGCAUGCUCUCCCCCAGUCUUUCACAUUGAUGUUGGGUGACUUUAUGCCACUCCUUGCGCAAAAAUUCAAGCAGCUCGGCUUUGUUUGAUGGCUUGUCACCAUCCAUCUUACUCUUGAUCACAUUCCAGAAGUUUUCAAUGGGGUUCAGGUCUGGAGAUUGGGCUGGCCAUGACAUGGUCUUGAUCUGGUGGUCCUCCAUCCAUACCUUGAUUGACCUGGCUGUGUGGCAUGGCACAUUGUCCUACUGGAAAAACCAAUCCUCCGAGUUGGGGAAUAAUGUCCGAGCAAAAGAAAGCAAGUUUUCUUCCAGGACAACCUUGUACGUGGCUUGAUUCAUGCGUCCUUCACAAAGACAAAUCUGCCCGAUUCUAGCCUUGCUGAAGCACCCCCAGAUCAUCACCGAUCCUCCACCAAAUUUCACAGUGGGUGCGAGACACUGGCUUGUAGGCCUCUCCAGGUCUCCGUCUAACCAUUAGACGACCAGGUGUUGGGCAAAGCUGAAAAUUGGACUCAUCAGAGAAGAUGACUUUACUCCAGUCCUCUACGGUCCAAUCCUUAUGGUCUUUUGCAAACCUCAGCCUGGCUCUUCUUUGCUUCUCAUUGAUGAAGGGCUUUUUUCUAGCUUUGCACGACUUCAGCCCUGCUUCUAGGAGCCUGUUUCGAACCGUCCUCGCCGUGCACUUCAUCCCAGCUGCCGUUUGCCAUUCUUUUUGUAGGUCACUUGAUGUCAUCCUACGGUUGUUGAGUGACAUUCGAAUGAGUUGGCGGUCAUCCCGGUCCGUAGAGAGUCGUUUUCGCCCUCUGCCGGUCUGUAGCUUUGUUGUCCCCAAUGUCUGCUGCUUGACCUUGUUCUUAUGAACCACCGUCUUUGAAAUUUUAAGGAUGGAAGCAACCUGACGCUCACUGUAUCCCUCUGCCAGUAAAGCCAGAAUUGAACCUUUAUUUUCCUCACUCAAAACGUUCCUUUUCAACUCUUUUGGCAUGGUCAAUAGUUAUUUUUUGAGUAAUAUUACUUUUGAGGUACUAUUAGCACUGUUUUUGCCAUCCAGCUGGUCCUAUUGCAAGAGGAUAGUGAUGACCACAGCAGUGGUUUUUAUACUUUUCCUCGUUAAAUAAGAUUUGGUUCAUGUGAUCACCUAAUCAGUACCUAAUUCAGUAGAAUGAGGUGUGCCUGUGUUGGAAUUCAACAGACACUGGAAUGGAAUGGGUGUCAUACAUGUAGAGAUGCUGAUUUAAGAGAUGUGCAGUGGUCUCUUCAUUUUUCCACAGCUGUAUAUAAGUCAGUGUAUUCAGACCCCUUGGCUUUUUCCACAUUUUGUUACGUUACAGCCUUAUUCUAAAAUUGAUUCAAUUGUUUUUCCCCUUCAUCAAUCUACACACAAUACCCCAAAAUGAAAAAGCAAAAACUGAUUUUUAGAAAUUUUUGCAAAUAUAUUACAAAUAAAAAACAGAUCACAUUUACGUAAGUAUUCAGACCCUUUACUCCGUACUUUGUUGACGCACCUUUGGCAGCGAUUACAGCCUUGAGUCUUCUUGGGUAUGACGCUACAAGCUUGGCACACCUGUAUAUGGGGAGUUUCUCCCAUUCUUCUCUGCAGAUCCUCUCAAGCUCUGUCAGGUUGGAUGGGGAGCGUUGCUGCACAGCUAUUUUCAGGUCUCUCCAGAGAUGUUCGAUCGGGUUCCAGUCCGGGCUCUGGCUGGGCCACUCAAGGACAUUCAGAGACUUGUCCUGAAGCCACUCCUGCAUUGUCUUGGCAGUGUGGUUAGGUUCAUUGCCACCACCAUGCUUCACCGUAGGGAUGGUGCCAGUUUUCCUCCAGACGUGACGCUUGGCAUUCAGGCCAAAGAGUUCAAUCUUGGUUUCAUCAGACCAGAGAAUCUUGUUUCUCAUAGUCUGAGAGUCCUUUAGGUGCCUUUUGGCAAACUCCAAGCGGGCUGUCAUGUGCCUUUUACUGAGGAGUGGCUUCCGUCUGGCCACUUUACCAUAAAGGCCUGAUUGUCCUUCUGGAAGGUUCUCCCAUCUCCACAGAGGAACUCUGGAGCUCUGUCAGAUUGAUCGUUAGGUUCUUGGUCACCUCCCUGACCAAGGCCCUUCUCCCCCGAUUGCUCAGUUUGGCCGGGCGGCCUGCUCUAGGAAGAGUAUUGGUGGUUCCAAACUUUUUCCAUUUAAGAAUGAUGGAGGCCACUGUGUUCUUGGGGACCUUCAAUGCUUUAGACAUUUUUUGGUACCCUUCCCCAGAUCUGUGCCUCAACACAAUCCUGUCUCAGAGCUCAACGGACAAUUCCUUCGACCUCAUGGCUUGGUUUUUGCUCUGACAUGCACUGUCAACUGUGGGACCUUAUAUAGACAGGUGUGUGCCUUUCCAAAUCAUGUCCAAUCAAUUGCAUUUUCCAAAGGUGGACUCAAAUCAAGUUGUAGAAACAUCUCAAGGACGAUCAAUGGAAACAGGAUGCACCUGAGCUCAAUUUCAAGUCUCAUAGCAAAGGGUCUGAAUACUUAUGUAAAUAAGUUAUUUCUGUUUUCUAAAAACCUGUUUUUCGCGUUGUCAUUAUGGGGUAUUGUGUGUAGACUGAUGAGGAAAAGCAUUUGAUCCAUUUUAGAAAAAGGCUGUAACGUAACAAAAUGUUGAAAAAGUCAAGGGGUCUGAAUACUUUCUGAAUGGACUGUGUGUGUCUGUGUUAUGUUCAUAGACAUUAGGACAGACUGUCUGUGUUAUGUUCAUAGACAGUAGGACAGACUGUGCUCCGGGCCCAGACCAGCUCCAUGUUGUCUCCCCCUCUAACCUGCUCUGGGUGGAGAGGCACUGUGCUCCGGGCCCAGACCAGCUCCAUGUUGUCUCCCCCUCUAACCUGCUCUGGGUGGAGAGGCUUCCUGACUACAACCUGUCUGGAGCAGAACAGAAACACAUGGAAACAGAGGGAGAAAUACUCCAUUAGGCCUAUAGGCAUGAAGAAGACUGGAGGCAGAGAUCACUCAGGUAAGCCUAACCCCUACUCUCUACCCCUAACCCCUACUCUCUACCCCUAACCCCUACUCUCUACCCUAACCCUACCUCUACCCCUACCCAACGCGCUACCCCAACACCUACGCGGACCCGAACCCCGACUCUCGUCACCCAACCCACGGCUGACCCUAACCCUACGCUCACCCAUAACCCUUAUCCGCUACCCCUAACCCCUAUCUCGACCCAACCCCUACUCUCUACCCCUAACCCUACUCUCUACCCUAACCCUACCUCUACCCUAACCCCUAUCUCUACCCUAACCCCUUAUCUCUACCCCUAACCCCUACUCUCUACCCCUACCUACUCCUACCCCUAACAUCUCUACUCCCUAACCCUAUCUCUACCCCUAACCCUACUCUCUACCCCUAACCCUUCUCUACCCUUACACUCACCUAACACUUACCCAUUAUCUCUACCAUAGUACACCAUCCAGAAACGCCUGAUCCUAACACACAGUGAGACUGACUGGGACAGACUGAUCCUAACACAGUGAGACUGACUGGGACAGACUGAUCCUACAACAGUGAGACUGACUGGGACAGACUGAUCCUAACACAGUGAGACUGCUGGGGACAGACUGAUCCUACACAGUGAGACUGACUGGGACAGACUGAUCCUAAACACAGUGAGACUGACUGUGACAGACUGAUCCUAACACAGUGAGACUGACUGGACAGACUGAUCCUAACACAGUGAGACUGACUGGGACAGACUGAUCCUAAACACAGUGAGACUGACUGGGACAGACUGAUCCUAACACGUGAGAACUGACUGGGACAGACUGAUCCUAACACAGUGAGACUGACUGGGGACAAGACUGAUCCUAAACACAGUGAGACUGACUGGGACAGACUGAUCCUAACACAGUGAGACUGACUGGGACAGACUGAUCCUAACACAGUGAGACUGACUGGGACAGACUGAUCCUAACACAGUGAGACUGACUGGGACAGACUGAUCCUAACACAGUGAGACUGACUGGGACAGACUGAUCCUAACACAGUGAGACUGACUGGGACAGACUGAUCCUAACACAGUGAGACUGACUGGGACAGACUGAUCCUAACACAGUGAGACUGACUGGGACAGACUGAUCCUAACACAGUGAGACUGACUGGGACACACUGAUCCUAACACAGUGAGACUGACUGGGACAGACAUAUCAUUGAUUGAGCUAUAUUUCCCAACUGACCUAUAGGGAGGGUUCGUACGCAUGGCAUUGGAGGAGGCCAUAAACAGAGAUACCGUUGGAUUGACUUCCAACGUCUCCGCUAUGAACCAGGCAGAGAGGAGCAGACCUUCGAGGAGAGGGUGGUGGAGGUCCGGUAUGACCCCUGC